AGAGCGAUAUCAGCGAUGCGGGAAUGUAUUUCCAUACAUGUGGGCCAGGCUGGGGCUCAGAUUGGCAAUGCAUGCUGGGAGCUUUACUGCCUGGAACAUGGUAUCCAGCCGGAUGGACAAAUGCCUUCUGAUAAGACAUUUGUGAGUAAAGAUGACUCCUUUAACACCUUUUUCAGUGAGACCGGAGCUGGAAAACAUGUCCCGAGAGCCAUCUUUGUAGACCUGGAGCCCACCGUCAUUGAUGAGGUGCGUACAGGUACCUACCGUCACCUCUUCCACCCAGAGCAGUUGAUCACAGGGAAAGAAGACGCCGCCAACAACUACGCCCGUGGUCACUACACCAUCGGGAAGGAGAUCAUCGAUCUGGUUCUGGACAGGACUCGCAAGCUGGCUGAUCAGUGCACCGGUUUGCAAGGCUUCCUCAUCUUCCAUUCCUUUGGUGGAGGCACUGGCUCUGGUUUUACUUCCCUCCUCAUGGAAAGGUUGUCUGUUGAUUAUGGUAAAAAGUCCAAGCUGGAGUUUGCUAUCUACCCAGCACCCCAGGUUUCCACAGCAGUCGUAGAGCCUUACAACUCCAUUCUCACCACUCACACCACCCUGGAGCACUCCGACUGUGCCUUCAUGGUCGACAACGAAGCCAUCUACGACAUCUGUCGCAGGAACCUCGAUAUUGAACGUCCGUCCUACACCAACCUGAACAGGCUCAUCGGCCAGAUCGUGUCGUCUAUCACGGCCUCUCUUCGCUUUGACGGAGCCCUGAAUGUUGACCUGACAGAGUUCCAGACCAACCUGGUGCCCUACCCUCGUAUCCACUUCCCUCUGGCGACAUAUGCCCCGGUCAUCUCCGCCGAGAAGGCCUACCACGAGCAACUCUCUGUGGCAGACAUCACCAACACCUGUUUUGAGCCAGCCAAUCAGAUGGUGAAGUGUGACCCCCGUCAUGGCAAAUACAUGGCCUGCUGUCUGCUGUACCGUGGGGAUGUGGUGCCCAAAGACGUCAACUCCGCCAUCGCCGCCAUCAAGACCAAACGCACCAUCCAGUUUGUGGACUGGUGUCCCACGGGCUUCAAGGUGGGCAUCAACUACCAGCCUCCAACCGUGGUUCCUGGAGGAGAUCUGGCCAAAGUGCAGAGAGCGGUGUGCAUGCUGAGCAACACCACAGCCAUCGCUGAGGCCUGGGCUCGCUUGGACCACAAGUUCGACCUGAUGUACGCCAAGAGGGCCUUUGUGCAUUGGUAUGUGGGCGAGGGGAUGGAGGAGGGAGAGUUCUCCGAGGCCAGGGAAGACAUGGCCGCCCUGGAGAAGGAUUAUGAAGAGGUGGGUGCAGACUACAUGGGGGAUGAGGAUGAAGGAGAGGAAUAUUGACCAAAGAAAAGUUGACCACGAGUAGUACAGUAGAUGAGGUGGUUUAGUUGAGUUUUUUGUAGUUCAGACAUGAAGUCCUGCCUAUGAUCGUGUAUUAAAAUAGUGGAGAUUUCUUAGUUUGAACUUCCAGAGAGAUUUUCCUUCAUCCAGUGUCAGACUCUCUUUUGUGCACCUCCCCCACUCGCCCCACAUGUGGAAUGUCACUUAUGAAAGGGCUCCAAUGUCUGUUUCUGUGUACUAUUCAGCUGGGACUCUGUGAGAGCCUUAGACCCAGAUAAUCAUCUGUCAACGCCCAGUCGACUGAAUCCAUGACACAAAGGGACAUCUAGAAAGAGAGAUAGAUAUAUUCUUACUGUCAACCUUU